AAGGAAGAUGGCUCCGCAAGAAAAAUUUGAAACGACUGCUCGAGUGGACGGUAAUCGCGUCAGCACUGUGACAGAUUGCCAAACCUCCUCGACCACGGAAACACAUUCGAAUAGUCGGAACAUGAAGGAAAAAGACGAAUCGAGGGACAUGGACUUCGACGAGCUGUUGCCCUACGUCGGGGAGUUCGGUCUCUACCAAAAGAUUCUAUUCCUCCUGAUGAUCCCUUUCGCCUCGUUCGUCGCCUGGGUGUAUUUCUCGCAAAUAUUCAUCACCCUCGUGCCCGACGAAUAUUGGUGCUGGGUUCCAGAACUUGAGAAUCUCACCGUCGACCAAAGACGUUCGUUGGCGAUACCGAUCGGUCGCGAAGGUUACUCGAGAUGCAGCAUGUACCAUGUAAAUUACACCGAGAUCCUGAUAAAUGGAAAUUACGUGCCGGACCCGUCGUGGCCAACAAAAGCUUGCCAGUACGGUUGGGAGUUUAAUUACACCAGCGUCCCUUACGCAACCGUAGCCACCGAGUUAGGAUGGGUGUGCGAUUACAGUGCUUUACCAACCACCGCGCAGAGUAUCUUCUUCAUCGGUGCCAUCUUUGGAGGACUGAUUUUCGGCUGGAUAGCCGAUCAGUAUGGCAGAAUACCAGCUCUGAUCGGAGCGAAUUUAAUGGGUUUCUUGGCGGGAGUCGGCACUGCGUUCACUUACUCCUUUUGGCAGUUCACACUGUGCCGAUUCUUCGUUGGAUUCGCUUUCGACAAUUGCUUCACUAUGAUGUACAUAUUAGUACUGGAAUACGUUGGACCAAAAUGGCGGACGUUCGUGGCGAACAUGUCGAUAGCUAUGUUCUUCACGUUCGCAGCCUGUGUUUUACCCUGGAUCGCCUACUUUUUGGCUGAUUGGAGAAUGACCUGCAUCGCGACGUCGGCUCCUCUUGUUCUGGCAUUGGCGACGCCGUGGUUGGUACCGGAAAGCGCUCGUUGGCUCGUAAGUCAAGGUCAAAUAGACAGAGCCAUCGGUAUCCUCAACAAAUUCGAGCGAGUAAACGGCACGAAGGUGCCCGAGGAUGUCUACAAACGAUUUCGGGAAACCUGUGCUAAAAUCUGCAAAGAGGAGGAAGCGGACAGAACAUACUCGGUGCUGGAUUUAUUUAAGACUCCGCGAUUGAGGAACAUCACCAUUCUGUUUAUCGUUAUAUGGAUGGCGAUCUCUCUGGUGUUCGACGGUCAUGUGAGGAACGUCGAUAACUUGGGCUUAAACGUCUUCGUCACGUUCACUAUCGCCGCGGCGACCGAGUUGCCCGCCGAUACGUUUCUCACAGUUGUUCUCGACAGAUGGGGUAGAAGAUGGCUGGCCUGUGGCUCGCUGGUCAUUUCCGGGAUUUUCAGUAUUUGGGCUUCCGCCGUUUCAAGCAACAUCUAUUCAGCCACUCUGGCCAUUCUGGGUCGAUUUUGGAUAAAUAUAUCGUACAAUAUCGGUCUCCAGUACGCGGCUGAGGUGUUACCUACCGUCGUCAGAGCUCAGGGUGUAGCUUUGAUACACAUAAUGGGAUACGUAGCGAGCAUUUUGGCACCUUUCGUGGUGUACCUUGACGUGGUCUCGUCGAUUCUCCCUCUUCUGGUGUUGGGCGUCAUUGGAAUCGCUGGCGGCCUUAUCACUUUGUUUUUACCAGAAACGCUGGACAAGGAUCUUCCGCAAACGCUGCAGGACGGCGAAAACUUUGGUAGAGAUCAGAAAAUGUGGGACUUCCCUUGUAUCAGCAGGAAAAACGUGGACGUGGAAACGUCAUCGGCAAAGUUCAAGUCCUUCUCUCGGGGUAGCGUGAGGAAUUCGAUGAGGGCUUCUCUUCGUGGCGAAACGCUGAGGAGCAGCAUGAUACGAAAAUCGAGCGUGAGGUCGAGAAAGAGCAACAAUUCCGUCACGGAAGUGGAGAGAUUAUAAUUGAAAGCAAACGUAGCAGCUGCCCGUGUCUUUCUAAAAUCCACGUUGUUAGAGUCUAACGGUACAAUUUCGACAACCUGAUCUAAUUAGGCUCUGCUUCCGCGUUGUAGAAGUAAACGUUUAGCCUCAGCGUCGUUAAGAUUUCUCUCCUCCUUCCAAUAGCUCCCAGCGACGAUGAACUUUCCGCGUAGAUGAAAACUUUUCCGUCAGCUGUGUCAUGUCGGUGACGAUAAAACUGCAAAUUUGUAACUCGUUUCGAGCAGACGCGGAGCGGAUCGAGGUUGAAAUAACUUGGCCAGCGCUUGUCGACGCGCGAGCUUGUAUCCUGUACAUAUACGUGUAAAAAUUUCUAGGUCGACGUAUUAGAAGUCGCUCGUGCCGCGAGCAUGCACGCGAAUGUCACGAACGCGAACGAGCGGCGCGUAUUUUUAUUUUUACUGUAAGCCAAUCGCCGGUAUUUUCUAAUAAAAACGUCGAAGAACA